CAUGACUAUGUGCAAAUGACAGCUAAAUUGAAGGCUCUCAACGCUGCCAAUCCUCAUUUAUCUGUACUCUUCUCUGUUGGUCAAUCAGUCCAACAAAGAGAAUUAUGGGUUAUGAAACUUUUUGGUACAAAAGUUAUUGGUAGACCAAAUACAAACUUGAGAUAUGAAAAACCAAAGUUCAAAUAUAUUGCAAACAUGCACGGUAACGAAACUGUUGGAAGAGAAGUAAUUCUCUAUUUUAUUGAAUAUCUCUUGAACUUGUAUAAUGCUGGUGAUGUAAGAGUAACUUCCAUUCUUGAUUAUAUGGAUGUUUAUAUUAUGCCAUCUAUGAACCCUGAUGGUUAUGAGCUUAAACAAAGAAGAAAUGCAAACGGUGUUGAUUUGAAUAGAAACUUCCCAGACUUUUAUUUUGGUAAGCCUGAUGAUCCAUUCCAACCAGAAACUAUUGCAGUUUUGAACUGGAUUUCAAAGGAAUCAUUUAUUUUGUCAGCCAAUCUACAUGGAGGUGUAGUUGUUGCUAACUAUCCUUUCGAUACUGCCUUGUCAAAGGAUUGUAAUUAUUCUGCCACACCUGAUGAUACCUUCUUCAAACAAGUUGCAUCAGUUUAUGCAGACACUAACACUGUUAUGCACUUGAGUAAGAGAUUCCCAGGAGGUAUUACCAAUGGUGCCCAAUGGUGGGUUGUUAGACAUUCCAUGGCCGAUUAUAAUUACUUUGGAGCUAAUUGUUAUGAACUUACUUUAGAGUUGACUGAGGAGUAUAUUGCUCCUGAAGAUCACUUAGAUGGAUAUUGGGAUCAAAAUAAGGACGCUCUAAUUGCUUAUAUGGAUCAAUUGAAGUAUUCUGCAGUUGGUAUUGUUUCAGAUGAUAUUGGAAAUGCAGUUAUUGGAGCUAAUGUAACUGUAAUUAAUAAUGCAAAGAUUAUUAAUUCUAAUUCUAAUGGAUUUUUCUGGAGAUUGUUACCUCCUGGAACCUUUACUAUUCAAGUAUCAAAGGAUGGUUAUCAACCUCAAAAUCAAACAGUUACCAUU